AGCCGAGCGGGGACGUAGCGUGGGCUCAGGAUGAUGCGGGGCAGCCCUCGGAUUUUCCAAUGCGCUCAGCCGAGCCAAAGGGUUCAGGUCCCCAAAUCCGGGUCGGGAGCGACGGGAGGCGCCAGAAAGGGUGCCAUCAGCGCGGCUGCAAAGCUGUUCCCGAGGCCGAGCUCCCAAAGGCUUUGCCAGCACUCCUGAUGUCUAGAGAGCAAGGUGCCGUUUAUUCCACGCAGAGAGAUACUGGCUGUGAGCAGGAGGAGAGUGAACUCAGCUCCAUUUCUGGAGUUGUGAAGGAGCCCCUGAAGAACAGAUCAGCAACAGGGAAUAGACUCAGAAGAUUCCUGGGUGAACGGUUCAGGUGCCAUCCCGUGGGCACGGCGGUGCUGAUUCUGCUGCUCCUGGUGCUGGUGCUGGCUUUGGGGGCGGCCUUGGCUGUGCUGGCAGCACAACAGGUUCCAGGUACGCCUGCGAUUUUGCAGUGCUGUCCAUUUGGCUGGCUGGGGUUCAAUGCGGUCUGCUACUACUUCUCACGGGAUUACAGCACGUGGGAGCAGGGUCAGGAACGGUGCUCCGAGCUCAAUGCCUCCCUGGCCAUUGCCCAGGAUGAGGAGGCCAUGGAUUUGCUUUUCCGCCUCCGCGGGAACGUCGAUUUCUGGCUCGGGCUGCGCAGACGGGGCGAGCGCCUGCACUGGGGGGACGGCAGCAGCUACAGCUCCCGGUGAGUGCCGGGGAGCCGGGCAGGGCCUGGGGGCACAGGGGCACAAGGGCUUCCCCUGGCAGCCAGCGCUGCCUCUGCUCCUCCCUGCAGGGUUCCUGUUUUUGGCAACUCCGAGUGUGUGUACCUGGCUGACAGGAGAUUCAGAAGUGGGAACUGCUCCAGUGAGCGGCCGUAUGUCUGCAGCAAGGCCCAAGCUCCCCUGUAACAGGGGCUGCACAAAGGACCUUCUCCACGCUGGGCAGUGCCAGCUUCACCUCUGAGCCCAGCACAGCGCUGUCCUUCCUCAGCUGCGCCCUGUGCCUUGCACUUCCUCUCAGGGUCACCUCAGUGCCUCUUCAUCCCCAGUGCCAGCGCUGGGCUGGGGCUGCAAAGGAAAAGUCUCUGCAAUCCAUCCUGGCACCGAUGCUGCCUGCAGUGAGGGCAUUGCCCUCACGACACAACGAGCUCCAAAGGAAAAUCCAAAUCUUCCUGGGGUCUUGGAAUCCACCAACUGGUCGGAAUGUGUUGACACAAUUGGACUGUCUGUGGAAGAGGAGGAAGAACCGCUGACACGUGCCGAGCAGGAAUCCCUCUUUUGGCAUCAGGCACCUGACUGUGAACAAGGGUCUCUCAGCUGCUGGCUCUUGGUCUGUGUCGCCUUUGGAGGAGGACGGUCGGAGCUGCUGCCUUGGGGAAGGGAAUUCGCUGCCACCGCCACAACCCAGCCCAGAGCUGCUUCUCCUGCUGUGGGGCUGUGGGCUGAGCCUGUGCUGGUGAGAGCAGCCCCUGCACGGGCCCCUCAGUGUCACCCCUCAGUGCCGCAGAGCCCUGUCCCCCCUGCUCGGGUGCCUGGGAUCCUGAGCUCGCCUCUCCCUGCCCUGCUCACACCCGGCUGCCGCUGCCGCGCCCCCGCUGCCCCUCGGGCACUGCUCCGAGCUUUGGCUGCUCCGGAGCUGCGAGGAACGGAUUCGGACAGAAUCUUUAAACAUUGAUAGAAAGUUCACACGGUCUUGUAUAUCUGUAUGCAAAUAUUGAGAUCAGGUGUGUUGACUUAGGAAAGCUCUGGAAUAGAGAUGGUGUUAUCAUCCGGUUGAAUUCAAAACAAUUUCUAAAAUACAAUAAGUUUAUGUAAAAGGGUAUAUAUAUAAACGAGGCUUGAGAAAAAGAGUAGAUAUUUUAGGGAAUUAGAACCAUGAAAGAUGCAUUGUAAUAGGACUAUGUGAGGUAAAAAUACAGGUGAUUGGUGUAAGAAGUAAUAUAGUAGUAUUGUGUAGUAAAAGCUUAUAGCUUGAAAAGCAUAUGUAAGAUAUUGUAAUUAGGAAAGAAGUUAGCUUAUAAGAAAAUAACGUUGAGGUUUAUAUUUCUUAUGUUUCAUUCGUUAUUAAGACUAAUAAUAAAAUCAUUUAAAACA